AUGGUGUUAUUUUCUACUAUGUUAAUCAGUGAGAAUGCAAGCAGCACAAAGAACAUUGAAGAGAAGAAAAAAAUUGAAAAUAUUAUGACAGUGGAAGAAGAGUGCAUACAGUGUGAAAUAAAUAAUAAAAAGAAAAACUGGUCUAAUGAUAAAUUAGUAAAAGAAUUAACUCAACUGAAUCAUGAUAUAAUUUGCCUUAACAAAUAUCAACAUCAUCCCUUUAAGAAAAGCUGUCAAGCUAGUUUUUCUUUUUUAAAGCAAGGGGAAAAGUAUUACACGUCCAGCGAAAAACUACAAAAGAGAAACUACAGGUUAAUUUUUGAAAACCUGAAGAGUUCUCCAUCAGUACAAAUAUCGCUAUGUGGAAUUCUCAUGACAAUAAUUGUUGGUUUGGUUGAUUUGAAAAACAGAAAAUUUAAAAGUCCCUAG